AGAGUCCUUCACACGUUUGACCCAAGUAAACACUCCGGUCCGACUUACGUGAGCAUGGAACCAGUUUUAGGUCGUUUUAGGAGCGUUGUCUGAACACAUUUUGGAAAUUUCUGCAUGACUCUCACGCGCUGGGAUAAAAAAUACGAAACAAAAACUAAUAUCCAGAUGAAGCUCAAGAACGUGUGUUGGGAGAGCGACAUACGUUUGAGUGACCUGCCCCAUCAUGUCUCUGUGGUUCGGGUGGUGCGGGCGGUGUGUCCUGCACGGUGCCCGGCACCGGGGAGGUUUCCGGACCGGGCUCCGGACUCUCCCGGCGGCCAUUGGAAGCGGAGCGGGGGAGCUGCGGUCCCGUCCCGCCGGGAGGAGGAGCUGCUCCACGGCUCAGGGCGAUGUGAGGGUCCGGUUCGCCCCCAGCCCCACAGGCUUUCUGCACCUCGGAGGCCUCCGAACCGCUCUCUACAAUUAUAUCUUUGCGAAAAAGUAUGAAGGUGUUUUCAUCCUGCGACUGGAGGACACGGAUCAGAGCAGACUGGUGCCCGGAGCUGCAGAGUCCAUAGAGGAUAUGCUGGAGUGGGCUGGUAUACCUCCAGAUGAAAGCCCUCGUCAAGGGGGGCCACUGGGCCCCUACCUGCAGUCUGAGAGACUGGAGCUCUACAAUCAGACAGCCCAGCAGCUCAUUGAGAGUGGACACGCCUACUAUUGUUUCUGCAGCCCUCAGCGACUCGAAUUGCUGAAAAAAGAGGCUCUGCGCGCUGGACAGACUCCAAGGCAGCCGAAACACUCACUAUUUCCACUCCAUCCAUAUUAUCCGUAUGACAACAGGUGUCGCCACCUGCGAGCGGACCAGGUCCAGGAGAAACUGGCUCACGGAGCGUCACAUGUGAUCAGGUUCCGGCUGGAAACCGGCGUGGAGCCUUUUCAGGAUCUGGUCUUCGGGUGGAACCGCCACGAGGUGGCACAGGUGGAGGGUGACCCCGUGGUUAUGAAAGCAGAUGGUUUCCCCACCUACCACCUCGCCAACAUAGUAGAUGACCACUACAUGAAGAUCAGCCAUGUUUUGCGAGGGUCUGAGUGGCUCAUCUCCACCUCCAAACAUCUCCUCAUGUACAGGGCUCUUGGGUGGCAACCUCCCACCUUUGGACAUCUUCCACUCCUCAUGAACAAAGAUGGCAGUAAACUGUCCAAAAGACAGGGGGAUAUUUUUAUUCAAAGCUUCCAGAGAGAUGGGAUUCUACCUGAAGCUCUGUUGGAUAUCACAACAAACUGUGGAUCUGGAUUCAGCACAAAUCGAAUGGGGCGGAGGAUAGAUGAGCUUAUUUCUGAGUUUAAUCCCUCAAAGAUCACGACCCACUCGGCUUUGUUAGAUCUGGAAAAACUGCCAGAGUUCAACAGAAUCCACCUCCAGCAGCGGAUUGAGGACACGCAGCAGAGUCAGUUCUUGAUAAAGGAGCUUCAGGGCCAGCUCCAGCAGGCCUACCCAGGAAAGAUCCAGGACAAAGACGUGCUGCACGAGGAUUACAUCAGGCGUGUGCUGCAGCUCCGCAAGGGUCACAUAUCCUCUCUGAAGGAGCUUUUGAGCCCUACUUACUCUUACCUGUGGGUGCGUCCUUCCUUCUCCAGCCAGCAGGUGGCAGCACUCACCGCAGAGGCCCAUCUCAUCACUUCAUUAGUGUUGAAAUUGAUAGCAGAGAAAGGAGAGGAGUUGACUCUGGAUCAUCUCAGCAAAGAUUUGAAGACUCUGGCAAAGCAGACUAAAGUCACCAAGUACAGGGAAGUGAUGAAGCUGUUACGGCUGGCUCUCAGCGGUCUGCAGCAAGGUCCCAGCGUUGCAGAGAUGAUGGUCUCUUUGGGUCCUGCAGAGGUCAGCCAUCGAUUCCAAAGGCUUCUGCAGCUUUCAGGCUCUAGUUAAAGAUCAUCAGCACCUCUUUUCCACCUCCCUGAUGGACUGCAGUCAAGACCAUGUUGAGAACAAUACAUUCAUUAUGUCUCUUUUGUUUAUUCUACAAUGUUUGAAAUGAACUGAGGUUGAAAAAUUCUUAAAGAUAUUUAUAAGAGAAUUAAAGAAUAACUUUUCGUUUCAUGAUCUGUCAUUGGUCUUUACUCUAAGACUUUACAGGACCAUCUGUUUCGUGCACAAACUGAUGGGAAGCACCUUGGUUUUUUUAUGCAAAUCGUGCGCUUUUCUUAAGAAAGUCAAUUUCAACGAACUUCUGUUUUCAUUUGAAUGGUCAUGUCAUAAAGGCAAAAAACGUCCUGUUCAAAGGUUUUAAAAAGUAAAGCAACGAUUUAGGCACAAAAAGCUUUAACAGUGAAACCGGAGUGUGAUGUAGAAACAUUGGCUCAUAAAACACUGCCUCAAAAAUAUUUUUAGGUUAAAAUUGACUGCCAUUUUUGCACUCCAAUUUAAAAACAUUUGCUGUAAUUUUCAGCUCUGUCUUGCAUUGAUAACCAAGAUUAUAAAUUAAGAAUAGUUAUUCUGCUGCCAACAAACAUGAGAAUAAAUCACGUAAGCCAUUCAAAAUAGAAUCAUCAUUAACCAGCUAUAGCAGUAGUAUGCUACUUGAAUAUGGAUCAGUGCCUGUUUUUUUUUUUUAUCUAUUUCCCUUACAUUUAAUGGAAUCAUUUUCAUUGGGAAAAUACAGCUUAAGUAAAAAAAAAUCAAAAAAGGUAACUCCAAAUGUGAAUAAUGCUCUUAUAUAAAUGCUUUGAACUCUUUUGUCAGCUCUUCAAAAGCACACAAAUGAAACCCAUCAUUAUGAAAAAUUAGAAGUCAGGUUAUUAUUACUAGGUCGUUAUGGUAGAAACAAAAAGUAACUCAUGAAUUAAUGUGAUAUUGGGUUUUUUUUAGUUCACUUUCUUUGGGAGUUUUAGUAGCAACAAGCUAAUAAAAGCUUUAAAUGAA